CCUGGUAUAGUUUGUCAACGUGUCUUGGUCACACAAUGGACCGCGUGUUCGAGCGCUUUCAUAAAAUGAUGGAGGAUAUGGUGUUCUCGGGGUUUUUCGAUCGUGAGUUCACUACGUGGCAUAGUUUCCCUCUGCUUCCUGGUCUAGACGCACCAGUCACCGACUCCCCGCGAGAUGAAAUGCUUCGUGAACCGGAGGGAGAAUCCCGUGAACUUCCGGAUCCAGAACCAUGGACACCCUUCCCCUUCUAUGGUGAUCUUGUUAAACCGGAUAUGAUGGACAGGGAAUUCUUUACAGAAACACAGCGCCGUCGCCACAUGCCUUCUCAACCGAAGAAAGAUAUCAUUCUGGACGAAGGUGCUCCAGUCGAUGAUCUUUUAGCUCCCGGACCGUCUACGCAAGUCCACAGAUGGUCUCAGUCUUUCAGUCGAAGAAUGACUAUCGGACCAGAUGGAAAAGUGAUUGAGUCGGAAACCCGAGUUGUGCAGGAACCUGACGGCACAAAAGUUCGAACAACCGUAGAGCGAUCACCACAGGGUGAACGCAAACGCAUCGUACGACAGAAACCGUCAGGUGAAGAGGAAGUGGAAGAAGUCGACACAAAUUUCGUCAGCCCAAAUAUGAUAAUGCCACCAUCAUCACCGCCAGAUCAGAGCAGUCAACCAACUACGGAUGGAAAAUCAUCAGGUAUCUUCGACAAAAUUCGUAGAUGGUUUCAAGGUAGUGAUCAGAAAUAAACAACCGCCACAAUCUAUCAGCGUGAUUUGUAUAGUGUGCUGAUCAUUAUGUUUACUCUUCAGAUAACCUGUACCUUUCAGUUGAAAAACCCGUGAUAUUUUCACAACAAAAUAACAUUACAAGCCUUUUAUUCAUGAUCUGUUAUCUUUGGAGCGGAGCAUAGUUAAGCAGCUUUUCAAUGAGGUCCACAUGCGACAAAAGCAUCCGCCGACAACAGUAUCGCUUCAAGCCGAGUGUGUCCAGCGCAUCACCUUCAGCAUAUUCGGCUUGUAGUAAUCCAAUAUAGCUUUCCCACUUGUCUCCGACCACUUUGCCACACGUGAAACAGCGGACGGGUAUUAUCAUGAUUC